ACAACCGCCUGUGGUGAGACACAUGAUGAUAUUCUUAUAUGAACCACUCAGGAGUCAGCGCCAGAUAUCUCUGUGAUAUUCCUGUAAUGUUCCUGUUAGAGCCUGUGUGCUGUGUUUGACAGGACUCACUGAAGAAAUAUUUGUGAAGUUUCCAUGAAGAAGUUUUGGAUGAGUCUGUAAGAAGGGGAAAGUUUCACAGACAGACUUUGUUUCUAGAUUUUUUUUUAUCACAAUCAGCCCUAAUUUCCUUCAAAAACCCAUUUCUACACCUGGACACUGAGAAGCUCUAACAGAGCAGUCUGCAAAUGUGUAGUGCUUUGCCUUGAUCUUCUAAGAACUUUACACUUUGGCCAAGGACACUACCACUACAAGAAGUGACACUCGUUGUGGUGGUGACUGAGCUGAGCCCUGGACUCUUUGCACAUCGUCUGACUUAUCAAAGACCAUGCAGUACCUAAAGAAAUAUUUCACAGAGGGCCUUAUCCAGAUGGCCAUUCUGCUCAGCCUGAGUGGAGUGCGGGUUGACGUGGGACUGGAGCCCUACCUGCCUCCCUCCUGGCACGAGAUGAUCCUGGGUCCGACCUCUGCGCUGACCCAGACACAGUUCCACAACCUGCGCAACCGCCUUGAAGACGGCCAAGGCCUGCACCCCAAGAGUGUGGAUCUGGACGGGUUCUUCACAGCACGACGGCUACUGGGCUGGGUCCGCACUCUGGAUAGACUGCAGGUUCCUCAUGCAGAGCUGGAGACAUGGCUGGUCCAGCGGGAGCCAGAUCCUCUCCCUGUGGUAUUUCCAGACCAGCCCUCCCCACUGGUGAGAGCACCUGCUGGGGUGGAGAGAGACCGAAUUGCCCCACCUGUGGAAUCCAGAGCUGCACUUGGUACCCUGCAGGAAGAACAGGAGGAGGAUGAGCAGGAUAAAGAGGAAGAAACGCAUCAUGCGCUGAAUCACAGUGGUGCUCUGGAUGAGAGAGGAGAGGAGGAGGAGGAGGAGGAUAAAGAGGAGGAGGAAGACCUGGACAGGAUGCAUAGGAGUUACAGGAGAGCAGAGGGAGGGGGAAGACCAAGAGGUUCUUACAACCGUGCUAACAACGGAGAGCUAACUCAGAAUGAAGUAGACCAGACUUCUUUCUCCCUCCAGGAGUGUUUAAGGCUUUUGGAAGAAACCUUUCCCUUCACAGAAGAACAACAGUUACGUAAUGUUGGCGGUAGAGGAGAUCUGGAGUGUCAGUCCCCUGACAGGGACCCAAUGAUGCCCCCCAUCAUCCCCACCAGAAACCCAUCCUUGGACCUGGAGCUUGAAUGGCAGGACCUGUUGUCUAUCAUGGAGCCUGAGAACACAGAGGUUAACAUGAUGACUCCAUUUGACCACACCCGGAAUUCAAGAGCAACUGGGACCCUUCAUGAUGUGAGGUCUGAAGCUCUACAGCAAAACUGUAACAACCAUGACAAUGACGUAACAGAGGCUGAUCAGGAGGUCCUUCUCAUGGAGACUCCCCAGCAGCAAGGGUCGUUUGGGCCUCCAAGCCAGUCAGAGCCAGUCCUGUUUCCACUCACCCCCAGUGCAGAUUUGGAUGACCGCAGUUUAGCCUUUAACACAAUGGACACUUCGACAAACUCUAAUGUGUAUUCCUGGCACAGUCCUCCAGAUAACACAGAUCUGCUUGCAGAAGAUCCUUCAGAAGGCUUCCUGGGACUAAGUGCAGAAGAUAACUCCAGUACCUUCAACAUAAAUCUGCUAACACAAGAUCUUGUGGAUACCGUGGAAAGCAGUCCAUGUUCACAGUAUGCUCCCUACCCUGAAAACCUUCCUACCUGGGAUGUUAACUUUCAUUCACGCAACAUGACAGCUUCCAGUUUCACCCCAUCUCCAGAGGGGAAUGGUAUGACCCAAGACCUUCUGACGUCUCCCUCCAAUGUCUUUCUGAGUGACGAAGAGGAUAUUGAGAAUGAAAACGGUCUCCCUAGCUCACUUAGUGACCUCUUAGAGGAUGCUGCCAUCUUAGAUGAGUUUAGGUUGUUGGACCUAGCUCUGGAGGAAGGAUUCACUCCUGAGAUGGCAGCCAGGCUGGAAGAAGAGGGCUAUCUUGGCCGUGGAAUAGCCCAACAGGAAACUGGCAAAGAUGAUGACCACUUAGGCUCUAGCACGUCAGUCACUGAAGAUCAUGUUCAACCUAGAGGACAUCAGCAAGACGACGAGAAUGAGGCAGACUCAGACUCUGGUCUUUCUCUGGACUUCAGCCACAGCCCUGCUUCUCCAAGUGCUUCUGAGGCCUCCUCUUAUUCCUCUUCCUCAUCCUCUUCAUCUUGUGUGUCGGAUGAGGGAAGUCCCUUCUCUGAAGACGAGGACAAAGAUGCUGAGGAUGGGUUAGUUGGUUUGGAUAUGGAAUUGGAGGUGACCAUAAAGCAGGAGGAGCUGGAAGAGGAGGAGAUGGGUGCAGUAGGAGGAGUGUACCCUGAAGAUGUUAAGAAACAAUUCCCUCCCAACUAUGGAGAUGACAAGCUGUUUAAUGGCUUCCCUUGGCUGGAGCAUAUCGGCCACGAUCACACGUACAACCAACCCUGGUCAUCUGCCUCCUCUCCAUCCCUGGGCAAGAUGUCUACCAAACACACCAAAUCCUCCCUGCGACAUGACAGUGCCAGGCCUUACCGCAGCUCCAGGCACAUCUCUGAGACCAAAAUGUGGAGCCGGGAUGAACGGCGUGCACGGGCCUUGAAAGUCCCUUUCUCCAAUGAGCUCAUUGUUAAUCUGCCAGUGGAGGAGUUUAAUGACCUACUGGCCAAUAGCCAACUCAAUGAGGAUCAGCUUACCCUCAUCAGGGACAUACGGCGCCGUGGUAAGAACAAGAUAGCUGCCCAGAAUUGCAGGCAGAGGAAAAUGGAUGUGCUGCUGGGACUGAAGGAUGAUGUGUCAGGUUUGAGGCGCUACCGCUCACGGCUGCUUCGAGAGAAACAGGAAGCCCUGAGGAAUCUGCAGGAAAUGAAGCGCCAACUUGGCAUGUUGUACCAGGAAGUCUUUUCCACUCUCAGGGAUGAGGAGGGGAGGCCACUGGAUGCUAUGGAGUACCUGCUUAAUUUUGAGCCCAAUGGUAGUGUCACAGUAGCUUCACGCCAACAAGGGGCAGCGAUGCCACUAACAAAAACCAGCAAGAAACAGAGGGACAAGAAGAAGUGAGGAGGUGAACAAGCCGUUAGAGAAUGUAGAGAGAGUAAAGAGAUUCCUUAACAGGAAUGUGAUCAAAACCACAAAAAAGGCAGGAAAUACGGAUGCACUGGUGAAUGAAGAAUUCUUUAUCUAGUGUCAAUGGAAGGUGCUAAAAGGUACCAUGAAAUCCUCAAACACCCAAACAGAUACCCUGAGAGGAAGUGAUUUUCAUGAUGACGUUAAUGUCGAUUAAACCUUUACUCCGGGAUGUGUUGUUCUCCAUGCUUCAAACAUUUUCUACAGUAAACAGAUGGUAGGCCAGAUGACAUGGGAAAUGCUAGUUCAGUCCCUAACCACAGUCCUGCUUUCUCUAGUAUAAGCUUCCUCAGAGACUUGAAAACAUGAGUUGAAUAAGCCAACAGUGAUAGCAGGCUGGAUCCUGGCUGUCAGCUACUAUAGCCAAACAACUGGGGACGCUACAAUGACUGAGUCACCAAGAAAGGGUUGUUGGUACACAGGAUGGGAAGUUGUGGUUAUUCCCCUUGAGCUAGUAGAAGUGCAGAAUCUCACUCAAAUAUGCUUUAGCAAGCUAAAGACUUGAGUUCAUGGGGAUCAAACCUGGGUAUGUUCAGAUCCCAGACGGUGCAGUAACCACAAGCCAACCCACUGCCAAACUGUACAACAUUAUUCAAAGACAUUAGUUACCAUCUCCAGCAAAACCCUUUCAAAUUCUAACUAUAGAGGGCAUCUUGGAAUAGCAUACAUAAGUUAAAACUGACUUCAAGUCAGUUUUCCUGUAAAUUGACCAUUGUUUUGAAGAUUUCCACUUCUACCACAUGAGGACUUAGAUCAUACACAAAAAGCUAAACUUUUUUUUGUCUAUAUAAGCUAUAUUAGAAUGUGGCAACACUUUUUAGUAGGAUAUAUUCAUUGUUGCUUUCGGUCUCAGAGGAUUUGUUAAUAAUAAGAACAAAAAGAUCAAAUAAUACCAGCCUUAUGCUUUAAGGUGGGGAGAUGGUCUUUGAAAAUAAGGUGAGAUGAUGUGGCAUCAUGCAUUGUGUGUCCUUCCAUGUCAUUCAGUGGCAAACACAGAAAAGUAAUGGAAAUAGGAAUAUGAAGAUUGGAUGGAUAGAGCACUUGGAACUUUCACACCUGGCCAGAAAAAUGAUAUGUCAGAUUGCAAGGGCCCUGUACCAUUUUUUAAGGCUUUGAGAUUCAUGAAUGGUGGAGUGACCAGACUGCAACAAACUGACAACAGUCUGUUAAAAUAUGACUGAGGAAUGACUCCUUUUACCCAUAAGUGGUGCCUGUAUUGUUUUUUUUUUCUUGUAAACUAAAAGCAUAACUGCAGUGGGUUUUACCUGUGCCUUUAACGUUUUUGUGUUCUUAUGUAUUUUUAACAUUCAUCUGUGAAGCUGUUGAAAUCAUAUUGUCUAUUUCACACAAGAUAGUGGGAAUCUUUGCUCCAAAUGUAGCUACAAAAAGGGCAGUCCCAACCCUGACCUAAAUUUAAAACAGGACUGGAAUCUGUUGUCAGUCUUGACAGUUCUUUAAUACAACUGAGUUUAGUUGUGAAGCUGUUAAUGUUUUAAGAUUGAUUGCCAUAAUAUAUGUUAGGUGCCCAAAAUGCUUAUGAAUGUACUGAAAUUACAGUUUUGGCCUUUAAAGACAGGUAACUCUAGAUUCCAACACUUCUCCAAACUCAAGGCUGAUUUAUGAAUUGUUUCAAGUUAGCAUGUCACCCUCUAGUGGUUGUACCCAUAGCUGAGUAAGGCAGAACUCCAGAGAUUCUGAUGAAGACAUUACUACAAUGAAUUAAACAUGGCAGCAGUUUGACCUGUUGAUACUAAGAAUUUACAAUCUGAACUAAAUUUUGCAUAAUCUAGACUGUAGAAAGUAUUAUUAUUGAUAAAGCCAUGUAACUAGUAGUAUUGUUAGAUUGUUUUUAGGCAAGAAAUUAUCAGUGUUUCACAUGGUACCUCGUUGUAGAAUCAAAUUACUGUAUGUGCAUGUGUCCCUCUUAGAUAUCUGUAUGGCAAAGAAACGCAGUGGAAUGAAAUGGUCUCUGCCAAAAUCCCAUCUUUCAAAUUUAUGUAGACCAAUUCUGAGCUUCUUACAAUGUAACACACUGCAUGCUCAUCAUUACCACUAAUGGAGCAAGAUUUUAGUUGUUGUUAAGUGUUUACAUUUUGUGACUGCCCAAUGUGCUUGCUGGUAUUCAAGGACUUGGGACCUUGUCUUCUGUAAUAUUAAAAAUAAAAAUAAAUUGUAUUU